AUGAGAAUAAAAUUUAUAUUACAAUUAUUAUAUUUAGAUAUAGUUAAUGUAUCUUUUGUAAAAAUUGAAUUGAUGUUAAUAUUAUCAAAUUUAGAUAUAUUAGAUAUAUUUUUGAAAUAA